UAAUCUGUGAUCAACAUGCAUCGUUACAUGACAAAUCUCCAGCAGGCUCUCUCCAUCGAUCACCCAAGCACUUCUCUGCAACAAACACGCAAAAACAAAAUCAUCCACCAUUUCCGAUAAUUCUUAGAGCUUCCCCUCUCAAAUCCCUGCCCUAAUGAGUUAAUUCAUCAUCAAUUAAUCCCCAUUAAUUAAAUCCAAAUCCUUGCCGAUUCAAGCUUUCAUUUCCAAUCCAUGUUGCAGCCUGUGGUUUUUGUUCACCUCACGACAAGAUUAAUAGAUCUUGACAAGUUUUCUCUGUAGAAUUUCACGUUGUAUUAUAUAUAUAUAUAUAUGUUAGAUAUUGUAGAAUUGGGAGAAAAUCAAGAGGGGUUUGAUUUGCUUUGAAGAUGACCAAUUAUGUAGAUUUUAAUCAGAAGAUUGAUUAUGUAUUUAAGGUUGUUUUGAUCGGAGAUUCAGCGGUUGGGAAAUCCCAACUCCUGGCAAGAUUUGCAAGAAAUGAAUUUUGUGUAGAUUCAAAAGCCACGAUUGGGGUUGAAUUCCAGACAAAAACUCUUUCUAUGGAUAACAAGACUGUCAAGGCUCAAAUUUGGGACACUGCUGGCCAAGAAAGGUAUAGAGCAGUGACAAGUGCAUACUAUAGAGGAGCAGUUGGUGCGAUGUUAGUCUAUGACAUGACAAAGCGCCAAUCAUUUGAUCAUAUGACAAGGUGGCUAGAGGAAUUGAGAGGACAUGCUGAUAAGAAUAUUGUAGUUAUGGUAAUUGGCAACAAGUGUGACUUGGAAAGUCUUCGAGCAGUUCCUGUAGAAGAUGCCCAGGAGUUUGCUCAAAGAGAAAAUCUAUACUUCAUGGAGACAUCAGCUCUAGAGGCAACCAAUGUCGAAACUGCUUUUUUUACAGUAUUAACUGAGAUUUAUCGAAUUAUUAGCAAGAAAACUCUUGCUGCUAAUGAUGAUCAUGAUCCUAAUGGAACUUUGGGCCUUUUAAAGGGAACCAGGAUCAUUGUUCCAGCUCAGGAUCAAAACCUUGAAAAGAAAGGAGGCUGUUGCAUGUAACCCGGCUAAUUUUAACUUCACCAUUUUUUGUUUUGUUUUGUUUUUUUUACCUUUUUGGAAUUGUUUUUUACUUAAUUAGGAUAUACUGUUUCGAACAAAUUCAUCGUGUAUUGUCUAGAAUAUGAGUAUUUGACGUUGUUGGGUAAUAGGUUAAGGUUGUUUAUAAGUUAUCCGCAUGGAAUUAGUUAUCACUGUAAUUCUUGGAAAGACAUUACUUCUCCAGAUAACUACAUGUAAAAGAAUGUUAUUUCCAUUUUCAUUUU